UUAACGUAAUCUUUAAUUUCCUCUACAUAUAACACCAACUCUCUCCGUAAAUUCAUCUCCCAAAUUCUCUUGAACCCAAUUGUUCAUAUACAUUCUCAGCCCCAAAUAUGGGCAAGGAGUGUUCCCACGACCACAAGGAGUGUUGCGACGACAGCAAGUGCAAGCUGCCUCGACGAUGGCUAAUCAUUGUCAUCGUGGCCUUUGUCUUUGCUAACCUCCUCGUCAUCUUUCUGUUCUGGGUAAUCACAACGCCUACAAAACCAACCUUCGUCCUCCAGGAUGCAACACUUUCUACAUUCAGCCUCUCCUCCCUCUCAUCUCCAACAGUCUUAACCACAAAUCUUCAAGUCACAAUCUCCACCCGGAACCCCAACCAGAAUAUAGGUAUAUACUACGAAAAGGUUGAAGUCUCCGCUACUUACAGGAACCAGCAGAUAACACUUGCGACUAUGCUUCCGACGACCUACCAGGGUCACAAAGAUAUCACUGUUUGGUCGCCGUUUGUGUGCGGUAAUGCCGUGCCUUUGUCGCCAUUGGUCGCUGAUGCUUUGACCGAAGACUUGAAUACUGGGAUGGUGCUGCUGAAUAUAAAGGUUGAUGGGCAAAUUAAGUCGAAAGUUGGGACUUUGUUUGAACGAAAGUAUCGAUUGAAUGUUAACUGUCCGGCUUAUAUCUCGUUUGGUGGGAAGAAUAAAGGCAUUGCUUGUUGUGCCACUGGCGCCGCCAUUAAAUUUCAGUUUGUCCAACGAUGCAUUGUUGAAAUUUAAUCAACAAAUUCGUCUGCUAUAAAUAAUGUUAUUCGGUAGUUCUUUUUUUUUUCCCCCCUUUUUCAUGAAUAAAUUGCUUUGUUAUAUGAAUAAUUUCUCAUUUGGUUAAUAUGAAAAUCAGGUCAUAUAUGUA